AUGUAUUCAGAUAUUAUUAAAGUGCUAACAGACGCCGCUUUACAAACUAGUUGUGUGUACGGUAAAUGUGUAAAAAAGAAUGUAAUCGGUUGGAACAGACAUGUCCGCGAUGCAUACAGGGAGGCCAAUCUUAAAUAUCAAAAAUGGAUCUUUUAUAAUAAACCACAGUGCGGGCCUGUAUAUAAAGAAAUGUGUUUAAGCAGGAAAAUUUAUAAAAGUAAAUUACGAUGGUGUCAAAAUCAUCAAGAGCAGAUUAAAAUGGAUAUCGUGGCUUCACAUCACAGAUCUAAGAAAUUUAAUAAAUUCUGGAAAUCAACAAAUAACAUCAAUAUAAGACCUGGUCUGCCUGCUCGUGUCGCGGACUGUAGCACACCUGAGAUGAUAGCAAAUAUGUUUAAAAAACAAUUUACAGUUGUUUCGCCAUUGGGACCAGCGCAAUCAACAAUAUACGCUGAAUGCGAUGGAAGUGAGGAUCUGCUUCGUUUUUCUAGCGCUGAAGUGGCAAAUGCCAUUCGAAUGAUGAAGCGGGGUAGGUCUCCCGGAUAUGAUGGACUCAGCAUAGAACAUCUCAAGUAUGCCGGAGUGCAUCUCCCGCGAGUUUUAUCAAUGUUCUUUUCCUUUUGCUUAAGUCAUGCGUAUUUACCCAUCAAAUUAAUUAAAACGGUGGUUGUGCCAAUUUUAAAAAAUAAAACUGGUGAUAUCUCGGACUGUAACAAUUAUAGACCUAUUUCACUGGCAACUGUUGUAUCUAAGGUGUUGGACAGUUUGCUUGACUCAUAUUUAAACAAACAUCUACAUUUACAUGAUGCUCAGUUCGGUUUCCGUCCUGGGCUAUCUACCGAAUUGGCAGUUCUGAGUCUUAAGCAUACUGUGCAGUACUAUACAAGCAGACAAACGCCGGUAUUUGCAUGUUUUCUGGAUCUUUCCAAGGCCUUUGAUCUUGUGUCUUAUGAUAUCCUCUGGGAAAAGCUUAAAGACAAUAACGUAUGUAGUAGACUUAUUAAUAUAUUGAAGUAUUGGUAUACCAAUCAGGUAAACAACGUUCGGUGGGGAAAUGCGCUUUCCGAGGAGUACAAGCUGGAAUGCGGAGUGAGGCAAGGUGGUUUAACCUCGCCCAAGCUCUUCAAUUUGUACAUAAAUGAUCUGAUUGUUGGACUCAGCAGUAGCCGUGUUGGAUGUCACGUAGAUAAUGUCUGUAUCAACAACAUUAGCUAUGCUGAUGACAUGGUGCUGCUGACUCCAACGAUUAGAGCCCUAAGACAGCUUAUGUAUAUGUGUGAGACGUACUCAGCGAGUCAUGGGCUAAAAUACAAUGUAAACAAGACAGAGUAUUUGAUAUUUAAGGCCAACGGUAAAUGUCCCACGCAUGUGCCCGAUAUCCAAUUACACGGAGCAAAUAUAAAAAGAGUGCAUAAAUUUAAAUACCUAGGGCACUAUGUUACUGAUGACCUUAAAGGUCAAACUGAUGUCGCAAGGGAGCGUAGGGCACUGGCUGUUAGAUGUAACAUGUUGGCUCGCAGGUUUGCCCGUUGUAGUGAAGAAGUAAAAAUCACACUCUUCAAAGCAUACUGCCAAACAUUCUACACGAGCAGUCUGUGGGUUAACUGCACACAGGCCUCACUCAGUGCCCUACGAAUCCAGUACAAUAAUAGUUUUAGAGUGCUGUUGGGGCUGCCUCGCUUUUGUAGCGCUUCUAGCAUGUUUGCUCAAUCUCGCGUAGAUGACUACUACGCUAUGCUGAUCUAG